UCUGCGCAGUGCGCGGCGGAGGGGCCGGCAGGACGUGCGUGCGUGCGUCCCCUCGCGGUGUGAGUCGGGAGAGCGGUACGCGGAGGGCAGUGGUUCUGCGUCUGUGGGAAGAGACGCGCGGUGCAGGGUUGUGGCGAAGGAUUUUUGAAAACGUUUAUUUCAAGUCUUUAAGAAAUAUAACAUAAAAAUGGCAUCCAAAAGAGCCCUAGUCAUCCUGGCUAAAGGAGCAGAGGAAAUGGAGACUGUCAUCCCUGUAGAUGUCAUGAGACGAGCCGGGAUUAAGGUCACCAUAGCCAGCCUGGCUGGAAAAGACCCAGUACAGUGUAGCCGUGAUGUUCUCAUCUGUCCUGAUGCCAGUCUUGAAGAUGCAAAAAAAGAGGGACCAUAUGACGUGGUAGUCCUACCAGGAGGGAAUCUGGGCGCACAGAAUUUAUCUGAGUCUGCUGCUGUGAAAGAGAUACUGAAGGAGCAAGAGAAGAGGAAGGGCCUCAUCGCCGCCAUCUGUGCAGGUCCUACUGCUCUGUUGGCUCAUGAAAUAGGUUUUGGAAGUAAAGUUACAACACAUCCACUUGCUAAAGAUAAAAUGAUGAACGGAAGUCAUUACAACUACUCGGAGAGUCGCGUGGAGAAGGACGGCCUGAUCCUCACCAGCCGCGGCCCCGGGACCAGCUUUGAGUUUGCGCUCGCCAUCGUGGAGGCACUGAGCGGCAAGGAGGUGGCGGAUCAAGUGAAGGCUCCGCUUGUUCUUAAAGAUUAGAGCAAAGAUCAUGACAGAAGUAGGCCGUUUUGUAAUCCAUUCUCAUCGUGUUCUUGACAAAAACUGGUAGGUUAAUGUGACGCGAAGCCACCUCGUUACUGCUUUUGUAAAAUGUCGUUGUCAGGUAGCAGCUGCAGCGAUCUCAGCCUGCAGACGUGCCGGCACAUUUUUGAGCCCUACGUGUACAAUAAACGGGGCACUUAGCAAAUAAAUUACUGACCGUU